UUGUCAAUGUGAUUGCGUCGCCACUAUUAUCGUUAUCGCUGUUUCUCUCGGGGAGACAUAAUCCUAUUUUCUCUCGCCGAAAGAUUCAUCAAAUUCUCAAUCAUUUUCAUGGUCUACGGAUCGCGCAGAGCCGCGGAGUCAGCAACCACCACGGGAAUAGCUUGGCUUCACAAUAUUACUGCCCAAGGCGAAAUGAGCAGCAGCGGUGGAUUCGGCGUCGGCGUAGGCGUCGCCGGCGGGCCGACCCUCGCGGCCGCUCAGCAGGGUCAAGGGGUGGCUGCCCUCCUGGUGAUGCUCGCCGUUCUCUGCUUCAUUUUUGCUUACUGUUGCUGGGGUGCUCCCUUCUGUCGGUCCCUGUGUAGACGACAUUGUUGUUGUCGUUUGGAGGACCCCGAGCCGGAGCCGACAAUCAUUCUCCUGCCGCAUGGCAGAAUGCUCGUCGUCGACGGUACGAUCUUCACACAGUUUCAGGCCGAUCCUACAGGUUUAGAUUUAGUGGAAUUGGGCGAUAGUGUGUUGCGCGCUCAGAGAAAUCCACGAAGUGUGAAUCGCCACCAAUUGCAAAGUAGUCAGGGUAGCAUCCUCGAAAUGGACGCUGAGACACCCAGUAAGGAUAGCUUAGGCUCUGUAGGAUGUUUUCCGCCACCUACUUACGAGAGUAUUUACGGCAAAGAGGAGACUGAUAUGCCUCCCUCUUAUUCUGACAUUCUCUUGCACAGAUUCGCUAAUAUGCCGCACGAGAUCGACAUGCGCGGUUACUGUCGCGAUAGCAAGGAAGAGAUCGAAAUGCAGAGCUUGGACAGCUGCCCACAUAUCAUCGGCAAUCCGCUGAACUCGGUACCUGGGUAUCACCCUUACGCCACGGUGACGAGUCUGUCCAGCUUGCAGAGCUACCCACGACGGAAUGUCUCACGCAAUCCGUCUAUCAUCAGCAAUCCACUGGAUAACUUCUACGUGGAUAAUGAGCUUGGUCUCUAUCGACUCAGUCGAGAAACGAUGCCGCGUGUCUCUAGUAACGAUGCAAACCUCGAAACUUUCCGCGCAUCCCAUGACGAAGUAUCGUUCCGCGUUCCGCUCGACGAGAACGAAAAUCACCGGCACACCGGUCGCAAUAAUCACCAGGUCGCCGGCAACGAGCUGAUGAACACGAGAAACCGCGCCCGUAGCGCCUCCAGGCUAAGCCAAGACAGCCGUAGGAAUUCGCUGAACCGAGACGGAGACCAACAUCAGAUCUUUGUCAGAUUGCCCGACCCCGAGGAUAUCGAAAUUGCUACGCGAGAUAGCGAAAAUCAGCGAUCUUCUGGGAUGUAUCGCGAAGAUCAAAGCACCAGAAAUUCGCGCCUGGAUCAUUCACAAAUGCAGGACGAAGUCAACCGCAAUGUCGUUGAUAGCGAUCCUAGAUAUUUUGCGAGGAACAGACGAUUGGAAAAUGAAGACGGAAGUCGGGACGAAGCCGAAGGAGUUCAAUUUCCCGAUGAAGAAGCUGGCAACUUUGGCGCGCUCGCCGAUAUUCGUGAGAGCAGAGUGUAAUUUAACUUUAUAAUUGUGCGUAAUUCUUUUUCGAGUGAUUGGUAAGAAGAGUUUAAGAUUGGAUUUUCUCGAAUUUUUGAGGUGAGAUUUUCAAGAGUACAUAUAUAGAAAACUUCUCUGUUUAAAAAUUCUUUAAUUCAAAUAUAAAGAAAUAUUUGCACUAAUAUUAAUUUUAUUUCCUUUAAGAACUUUCUUUAUGAAAAAAAAAUAUCAUAUUUUAGUUCACAACUAGUACUGAUAUUUUUUUCCUUUUUUUUUUUUAAUUUUAUGCAAAAAAUUUUAACUCGUGCCCUUUAUACCAAUUUUAAAUUUGAUAAAUGUUAUACAAUGUUUCACACCAUAAGGUUGUGUACGAAAAUCAAGUGAUGAAUGAAAGUUGUGAUGAAUUGACAGGUAGGAGUUAUUAGCAUAUUGUUUCAAUCUUAUUCACAUAAACAAAUUGAAAUCCAGAAUUAAAAAUUGGAAAUGGAGUCGACAGAAGUUAUAAUUAUAAAUAUCGCAUUGUGCAGAAAAUAUUAUACCAUGAUGUUAAUAUGAAAUGAGAUAUACAUAUAUAUGUGACAAUAUAAUAAUUGUACGUGACACUAGUAAAAUCCGUCACACACAUACACGUACAUAUACAUACGCAACAUAUUACUGGCAAACGAUCAUACCUUAUGAACUGAACAACGACUUUUUGAAUAUUGAAAGAAAGUUUUUGCGCGAUGAGAGAGAGAGAGAGAGAGAAUCGGAAAGAACGUAAAGAUAAUCUUUAGUACUAUUUAAAUCCUAGACGACGACAAAUAUCAAGAAUACCAAACAAUUAUUAUUCUCUUACAAAAUAAAAUAUAGCUAAAAAAGAUUUUGAUGAAUAUCAUGCGAUAAAUUACAUUACAAUAGUUAAAGCCCUUCUUAAGAAACUAUAACUGCAAAAAAACGAACAUUGGACGAUUCACAAUAUAAAGAUAUUUUCAUACACCAAAAAUUAUUAUUUAAGUUUAAGCAAAUAAAUCACAGUAAAAUUAGCUUAAUCCGUCCAAGCUUUAACAAGGCUUUAACUCUUUUAAGUUUCACAAGCAUCAUUGAUAACAAUUUGAUUUAUGUUUUCUCUUUUUUCAAUAUUUUGUACAUAAAUUAAGUAAAUACUAUCAUUAUUAAAUAAUUGUUACAUGUUUGCUUCUUGUAUUAUUUGUAGAAUAACGCACUUUUCUUUGAAUAAUACUAUUCACAUGGGAUUUAACACAUCAAAUAAUUUUAAUAUUUGUGAAAAUAACGAUAAAGCAACAAUAAAACUAUAAUAAAAGAAAAAAACAAAAAUUUGCGUUUAGGGAAAAGAAAUGUAUCAUGCAUUGAUAGAAGUUUUAGAACAUAAAGAAAGAAUUGAAUAUAUUAUAUAAUCAGAUACCAGCAAAGUAUCAAAAUGUUGAAUCGCAUGCAUGCUCCAGAAAGUGAACGAUAUUAACAGUUGGUUUUAGAUACAUUUCUUAUGUACACGUUACAUAUGUAAGAUAACUAUAGAGAAUUAUAUAAGUUGUACACGUUAUCAUUGUUGUCCUGUCUCAUAAGGAUAAAAAUCAUUAACCGAGAGAUACUGAAAGAAUAAAAUCCUGUGUGAAGCAUAAGUAAUACUAUGUGCCUUCCUAGUUUUUAGAAUGCUAAAUGGAGAAUAUAUAUAGACAACAGGAUUUUUGUUUCACAAUGGCUGAUUAUUUAGAUCAAGCUUUUUUCCUUUCUUUUGAAUCUAAUCACAAUAAUAAAACAAAGAUAUAUAACAAUAAAGAAAGGUAUUGCUUUAUAAGAUAAUCUUAAUCUAUGGAAAAAAUAUGGUUGAGUCCAAACGAUAUCAAUAAAUUAAUAAGUAUCAGUAAAUUGUUUCUCAAUAAAAAAUAUCUAAAGUUUACAUUGUACAUAUAUUGUUAUAUCUAAACAUUUACUGAAUCACAAAAACGAUUAUAAAAUGGAUCAUAAAAAGGAAGGCAAGGCCAGUUAUAGCAUAUGAAUGCACAAAUUAAUAAAUUGAUAAAAUGUAAUUUUUGAAAAUUCACAAUGUGUAUUUACAUAUUUAUCCAGAAAAUAUCAAUGUUUCGAGUUGAGCUGAUUAUGUACGCAGUCGAUAAUCACGAUUUUUUAAGACUAACUAUAAUUACUUGGAAAAAAAAUCAUACGAAAAAAAUUUCUUGGUUUUUAAUCCACAUCACUGUUCAUGUCCUCGGGAGCUGAUGAAUAUUCUUCUUCUACAUCAUUCUUGUCCCAGUCUUUCAAUUUUGCUCCCAUAACAAAAUCAUCUCGAAGGACAUCCCAUAUUUUGUCGUCCUAAAAAAAAACCAAACAUAUUUUCACCUUUAUGCACAAUUGUAUAUUAAAUGUAAAAAUGUGUACCAAUAAAUACAAUUAUAUAUGGCCUUGA